UAGAGCUUUUUUUUUUUGUUAACCAGAACGAGAAACAAAAUCGUCCAACAAUCCACUCAAUUUCAGUGCUCCAAGCCUUCUGAAACAAAAACAUGGCAGCGUAUUCUCUUUUGGGUGUCUUUUGCAUUUUCCUGAUAGUUGUUACCACCACUGCAGAAGCGGCGGCAGUUCACAAGGGCCGUGCAAAGCCGCCAACUGAAUUCAGAGUUGGUGGUAAACUAGGUUGGCGUGAACCUGAUGCAAAUCACACGGACAUGUAUGAAAUAUGGGCAACCAAGAACCGAUUCAGAAUUGGCGAUUCUCUAUAUUUUGAAUACAGGAAUGAUUUUGUUCUGGAGGUUGAGAAACAAGGAUAUUACCACUGCAACAUGACGGCUACACUUGCAUCAUUCAACGAUGGGAAAACAGUUAUAAACCUUGAUCAACCCGGUCCUUUCUACUUCAUUAGUGGUGCACCUGAUCACUGCAAAAAUGGGCAAAGAUAACUUGUCGACGUGAUCAAUCCGAAUCAAACAUCUCCACCACCACCACCACCACCACCACCACCACCACCACCACCAGUGCAACCUUCUAUUGCAGUUCCUCCACAACCUGAUAAUUCUCCUGCACCAUCACCACUUCCAAAUUCGGGGGUUUCGGUUCGCGCAUUGGCUUCAUUUCCAGUCUUGGUAGCCUUUGCUACCUUUGUUGCAUCCUUAGUUUAAAAUUUGCACCUCCAAAAUUUUAUUUUUUAUUUAUUUAAUUAUUUUAGGUACUUCUUAUUAUUAGUUGAUAUUAAUUGGGAUUUAAUUCAAUGACGAACAUUUAUUAGUAUUAUCUUAAUA